AUGGGGGAAGCUGCUGUGCAGCUUCGUGCUGCACAGCGUGCUGCGCACCCGCCGGCGAGGCCUUGCCGGCAUCGGUAUGAACUCGACGAGCUCUACGCAGUGAACGUCUUCGAUCGCCGGACCGAUGCCGGCAAGGCCUCGCCGGCAGGUGCGCAGCACGCUAUGGAGCACGAAGCUGCACAGCAGCUUCUCCCAGUCCCACGGUUCAUGCCUUAUGCGAAGGCAUCCUUGGUACCCGACUCUGUGCACUACGGGAACGAAACUGACCUACAAGCCUUACUAGCAUUUAAGGCCGAGAUUACCGGCGAUCCCCUUGGGAUUCUAAACUCUUGGAAUAAAUCCGCCCACUUCUGCCAAUGGGUUGGGGUAUCGUGUGGCCGUCGGCACCAGAGGGUCACUCGGUUAAACCUUACCAAUGUCAAACUAACAGGGUCCAUUUCGCCUCACAUUGGAAAUUUAAGUUUCCUUAUGAGGUUAAGAUUGCAAAACAAUAGCUUGAGCCAUAACAUCCCCCAAGAAAUCGGCCACUUACGUAGACUGGAAUUCAUCUCACUGUAUAAUAAUUUAGUUACCGGCGAAAUUCCGGCCAAUAUAUCUCGUUGCUCUAGUCUCAUUACCCUUGAGUUUACCAGAAAAAGGCUAACUGGUAAAAUUCCAACAGAGCUCGGUCACCUAUCGAAACUCCAGUUAUUGUAUAUUGCAAGAAACAAUCUAACAGGAGGUGUGCCUGCAACUAUUGGUAAUUUAUCAUCUCUGACAUACCUCUAUAUAGCCCAAAAUAAUAUUGAUGGGAAUAUACCUGAUGGUCUAGGCAGAUUGACAAACUUGGAAAGUUUUGGGUUAGCGGGGAACAUGUUCGUUGGUACGAUUCCUUCCUCGUUAUUUAACAUCUCUUCCAUUAGGGAAUUUGAUAUCUUAAUGAAUCAAAUCCAAGGGAUUCUUCCCUCAAACCUAGGAACUUUACUUCCUAAUCUCGAGUUCCUUCAAGUUAGUGUGAACUCUUUGAUUGGAACCAUUCCUAGUUCAAUAUCAAAUGCCACCAAUCUAUAUUUCCUUGGGCUAGAUGAUAAUAAUUUUACUGGGAAAAUGCCUGCUUUGGAUAAGCUGCGUAAUCUUCGGAAGUUAGUUGCUUCUUAUAAUCAUCUAGGAACAGGGGAAGCAGGUGACUUGAGUUUUCUCUCCUCCUUGAUCAAUGCCACCAAUUUGAGCGUUUUGGGAUUGGCCUACAAUGGUUUUGGAGGGGUGUUUCCUGAAGCAAUUACUAAUUUCUCCAUUCGUCUUAGUUACGUGUAUUUGAGAGACAACAAACUAUACGGGAGCAUCCCAAGAGGGAUAGGGAAUCUAGUCAAUUUGCAGCUACUUGGAACAGAGAACAACCAUUUGACAGGUAACAUUCCUGCCGAUUUUGGGAAACUUCAAAACCUGCAUCUCUUGGUGCUCGGAGGUAAUAGAUUCUCCGGUGAAAUCCCGUCAUCUUUCGGAAAUUUAUCUUUGUUACUAACUCUUGACCUAUCGGAAAAUAAUCUUCACGGUAGCAUCCCGUCGAGUCUGAGCAAAUGCCAGAAGUUGCUGGAACUUAAACUCGCCAAAAACAAUCUUAGUGGCACCAUCCCCAAAGAAACCUAUCUCAUAAUAACUUGA